AUGUUUACCCUCGAGGAGUUUGUCGCCCAAUUUGGCUCCUACAAGGUGCCGCCACGGCUCAUCGAGCUCUUCAACGUCCAGGAAAACGUGGGGCCCGAGUUGCUGGGCGGGUUCUGCCUCGACACCUACGGGCGAGACGAGCUCUACCAGCGGCUUGGAAACCACGGCGUUGCCGACCAAUUUAUCGAGUUUGCCGAGGCGCUGGACGACGGCGCGUCGUAUGGGUUCUGGUGUGUCCAGGAAGACCUCAGCCAGUGUCCCAUAGUCGUGUUUUCCGACAAAGUGGUCACCGCCGUUGCCUGCGACUUGGAGGAGCUCUUGGGGUUGCUCAGCUACGACGGCGAGCUCGUGGUGGACAAUGGCAAGGCCACAUACGUCAAGGAUGAAGACUACGAGCCGUCAGAGCACCACGCAACCUACCUCGAGUUUUACGGGCUGGCUCCGUGGUCCAAGGCGCAAACGGAGGCGACGGUGGCCAAGGCGCAGACAUCGUACCAGACGAACUUGAGCGAGUUUGUUGGUGCUGUUUAG